AUGCAAGAGCACCGAGUACUGGAUUUUUACCAUCCCUUAGGUGCUGAGAAUCAUAGUGAACUUAUUCAGCAGCUGAAGGACACGUUUCGUUUCGGACACCGUCACCUGGACAUCCCUAUCUCAGGAGAAGUCUCCGAUAUAGUGCUGAAACAGCUACGAAGAUUCUGUUCCAGCAACUGUUAUAGUUUUAAUCGCUUUUUUAUAACUACUUCGAUACCAGUGCCAGUAAGAUUAGACGAUGCUCUGAAACUUAUUCACGAUUUCUACGAGCGCUUAGACAAAACCCCGGUUGACGUCCUCUAUUUGGAAAAUCCUGUGGGACUUGAGGGUAGCGACCCACUGACCAUCUUCCAAAGCCUUAGAUACGGCACUUAUUGGAACGUGCUAGACGAGGGUGACAUCUUCAGACGCGACGAGGAUACCGGUACCUUAUGUGUCAUACCUGACAUACUACAGAACCUGUGGGCCAUCUGGGAUUACCUUGCUAGAUACGUCCUGGGAUGUAGACUGGCUCACAAUCUUGGACUGAAAAACUUCUCACAACCUCAGAUUGAGAAACUCCUGGAAGAGGCAACUGUGCACCCACGGGUGUUGCAGGUGGAGGUGAACCUGUAUAGCAUGAAGGAGGAGCUUCGUAGCAUGUGUCAGGAGAAUAACAUUGCUGUGUGUGCCAUACACCCCUUUGGUAAUCCCUUUUAUGUGCCAAGGACAGGUAAACCUGCCCUUAUACACAACCCUCUGGUGAACAGGAUGGCUGACGUGAUGGAUAUUGAUGCUAAGAUAGUGCUGCUGUGUCACCUGUAUCAGGCACAGAUCCCCUUCGUCUUGGACAACGAUAUGAUGAUUGGCAUCGGUUGGAUGUUCCAGCAAAUACAAAAUAUUAAGUUGACCGAGUGCAGGAUGAAAAGGCUGUGUAGAAUAAAUAAUCUGAACCCACGACCCAUCGGCAGGAGGAAGUUACUUGCAUCCGUUACCGAUGAACCAGAGAUACAAAAGGACUCACUGUGGCCCUUCUGCUUCUUCAAGACGAAGACAAACUCGCCCCCUCCGCCGUCGGCAGAAGAUGAAAAGAAGAGAAUAGAUUCCAUCCUGCGCAGGCUAAGUGAAUACUCAACAUUCUCAAGGGAUAAAGAAGAAAAAAACAUGACUGACGCGCAACCCGAGGGCUGUGAUUCCAUCCACAACACCUUGAUGCUUCUCUCUAAAUUUCAGUUUCCAGAGCAUUUGGAUACUCCUGUAAUCAGAAUCAGGAAUUAUCGAAGAGAGAAAAAGGCAACUGAUUCAAAGCCCCGAAAACGUAAAAAAAUAAAAAAAUGCUACCGACAUCGAUGGAGUUCUUAGAAAUUUACAAGCAAAAUAAACUAAAAACUUUAAAAGAAUGAUAUAUUUUUUUCUUAAUGUAACCAAAUAUUGAUUAAUCAGUACUAUGGAUAUCAAAUUUAUGAUCAGUGUGGCUAGCAAUAGGCAUCAGCAUUUGCCAGUACUCUAGAUAUAUCACGGGUAUCGAGUAUACUUAAUACUAGUCCUCAGUAUUCGUCAAUACUCCGGAUAUAUCACGUGUAGGAAGUGUGGUUAGUACCAGGCUUCAGUGUUACACAAAGUUGAUGCUAUUUAUUUUGUACUUGAUUGUGAGUUAUUCUGUAUUAACUGCUGACGUUUUACUGUUCAUGUGUUUAAGAGACAUAUAUUUUAUCUUACAAUAUCGUGUUUCAUCUGAAAAGAUUUUUCAUCUCUUAAGUUAUUACGUUACAGUUGAGUCCUUGUAACAUAUUAGUUGUUUUCGUUUCUUUUAUUCAUAUAGUCAUGUAGAAAGGAUAGAGCAAAAUAGGAUGACUUGGAGGGUGUAUAAAUCUGUAGUGGAAGGAAGCGUCCUAAGAAAAGACGGAGGAAGGGGGAUAAAGGAGGUUUUGUGGUGUGCAAGGGGCUUGGACAUACAGCAGGCAUGUGUGAGCCUGUUAUAUAGGAGUGAGUGGAGACGAAUGGUUUUUGAAACCUGACGAACUGUUGGAGUGUGAGCAGGGUAAUAUUUAGUGAAGGGAUUCAGGGAAACCGGUUAUUUUUAUAUAGCCGGACUUGAGUCCUGGAAAUGGGAAGUACAAUGCCUGCACUCUAAAGGAGGGGUUUGGGAUAUUAGCAGUUUGGAGGGAUAUGUUGUGUAUCUUUAUACGUAUAUGCUUCUAAACUGUUGUGUUCUGAGCACCUCUGCAAAAACAGUGGUUAUGUGUGAGUGAGGUGAAAGUGUUGAAUGAUGAUGAAAGUAUUUUCUUUUUGGGGAUUUUCUUUCUUUUUGGGUUACCCUGCCUCGGUGGGAGACGGCCGACUUGUUAAA